AUUUUACUUUAAAAUGUAAAAUUGGUCCCUGUGCUUCUGCAAUUUCUAUCUUCAUUUAAUGGUGUCUUUACUAAUCUUAUAUUAACCAGCAAAAUUAAAUUUGAUUAAAAAAAUAUAGUUUUUGAAUGUCUAUCUUACUGAAUUUGCUGAUUUUUCAUUGUUAAUGCAGUGAUGAUAGUAAUAUUUUCCAUCACUAGUGCAAUAUUCUGGCUCGAGUUCUGCAUUUCUGAUUGGAAAUUUCAUUUAUUUUUGCAGUUGGAAGGAAGAUGAAGGUGGGCCACCAAAUUUUAAGUGAUGAGUUAGUUGGCGUCUCAUGAAAUUCCGGUGAAAAAAAGCUUCAGAGUAGCUCUUGGGUUCUUUGAUUGAUCCUUAAAGGUGAAAAUGGAACCAUUAAAUCAGAAGUCGCUUGAGAGAGCUUUUUCUCAGAAGGCUUUGCAAAUGGGGAGUUCAUUUCCAUGCCAAAUUUGUGUGGUUGGUUUUCUGUGUGGAGUUUGUCUCACUUCUCUGUUUCUGGCUACUCUUACUUCAUUUGGUACUUUUGAGUUUGGUGGAUUUUCAUUUUCGACCAUUUCCGAGGGUGCUUCAGCUGGGAAUUCAAGCUCAGAGAUCAUCAGCACAAACUUCAGUUUUAAACCGAUAAUCAGAACAGAGAGAAUAGUUGAUUCACUGAGAAGUGAAGAAAUGAUCAAUAAUGAGUCAGUCUCAUUGUUGUAUUCAGCUUGGAGUGCUUUACUGACUGAAUCAGAGUCUGGAGAAAGUGAUGACUUGCAGAGACUUGGAGUAAGCACAUCUCGUGUUCCAAAUGCCCCUCAUUUGGAAAACUGCAAGUUAAAAACACGAGUAAAUGAGCGCCUUGAUAAGCGUGCUGAGAAUGAGACUUAUCCUCCCUGGACAAGUUGGAAAGGGUUGUUGGCCAAGUACCCAGCAGCUGCAACUAACGAACAUCAAGCUACAUCUGAAGGUGCUUAUGCUCCCUGGAUUACAGGGUCUGAUGAAGAAAAUUACCCCUUGACCAGAAAAGUGCAACGAGACAUAUGGAUGCAUCAACAUCCUUUGAACUGCAGGGAUCCUAGUGUAAAAUUUCUUGUAGCUGACUGGGAAAGAUUACCUGGAUUUGGAAUUGGGGCCCAGAUUGCUGGAAUGUGUGGGCUUCUAGCUAUUGCAAUCAAUGAAAAGAGGGUCCUUGUUACCAACUACUAUAAUCGGGCAGACCAUGAUGGUUGUAAAGAUUCAUCCCGCUCCAGUUGGUCUUGCUAUUUCUUUCCUGAAACAUCCGAAGAAUGUCGAGAUCGCGCAUUCGAGCUUAUGGGAAGUGAAGAAGCCUGGAAAAAAGGCACAAUAAAGGCAAAAGAAAGUUAUAAUUCAAAGCAAAUAUGGGCUGGACCUACACCUAGAAUAUGGGGUGAUCCUUGGAAUCAUUUGCAACCUACCACAGACAUCAAUGGAAGUUUAGUUGCUUAUCAUCGCAAAAUGGAUCGGAGGUGGUGGAGGGCACAGGCAGUACGAUACUUGAUGAGAUUUCAAACUGAGUACACAUGUGGCUUAUUGAAUGUUGCUCGUCAUACUGCAUUUGGAAAGGAAGCUGCCAAUAUGGUCGUCACAACUUUUGAAGGGAAAUGGCCUAAGGAUGCUACAGUCGAUCAAAGGUCUGACAUUGAAGAAUUUGUUUGGUCUAGUCACAAGCCUUGGAUGCCUAGGCCACUACUCAGCAUGCAUGUAAGAAUGGGAGACAAAGCAUGCGAAAUGAAGGUAGUUGAAUUUGAAGAAUACAUGGGUCUUGCUGGCCGCAUUAGAAAGCGCUUCCCACAGCUCAAGAGUGUUUGGCUCUCCACUGAAAUGCAGGAAGUCAUUGACAAAUCCAGAAGUUACCGUCACUGGGACUUUUACUACACGAACGUGACCCGCCAAGUCGGAAACAUGACAAUGGCAACUUAUGAAACGAGUCUCGGCAGGGAGACUAGCACAAAUUAUCCACUUGUCAAUUUCUUGAUGGCAAGUGAAGCUGACUUUUUUGUUGGAGCAUUGGGUUCCACUUGGUGCUUCCUUAUAGAUGGAAUGAGAAAUACCGGGGGGAAAGUUAUGGCCGGAUACUUGAGUGUCAACAAGGACCGGUUCUGGUAGAGAUCCAUCUAAACUACAGGCAAUGAGAAUUAUAGAUAUGUAAAUCAUUAGGGUCAACAAUUUUGUUGUCUGUAUAUCAGUAUGUAUUAUCUACCUCUUAAUCAUGUAAGUUAUGUACAUGCCCACAUAAGCAAAGAUCCAUUAGGAAAGACUUUUAACAUGGAACGUCUAUGAUUUGUUACUUUUGCUCGAGAGUGUGUUCGAGUUGAGUGCGAUAAUACAAGUAGAAAUGUGUUGACUUCCA